AUGCAUCCUACAAUUAACGUUUUGGCUACUUUGUCUGCUGCAUCCACCGUGGUAUUUGCUGCACUAGGCCCCUCCACUGAUUUGGUCAUAGGAAAUAAAGCUAUCUCACCCGAUGGUUUUACUCGCUCUGCAGUGUUAGCGGGUGGAUCUGCAGAUACAAUACAGUUUCCCGGCCCAGCUAUAACAGCUCAGAAAGGAGAGGCAUUCAGCAUCAAUGUCAUUGACCAGCUAACCGACACGUCAAUGUUAACGACUACAAGUAUUCAUUGGCAUGGAUUUUUCCAAGAAAACACUAGUUGGGCAGACGGCCCCGUGGGGGUGAACCAAUGCCCUAUAUCUCCCGGGCACUCCUUUUUGUACCAAUUUUCCGACCCAAAUCAAGCGGGAACCUAUUGGUAUCACUCUCAUCAUGCUGCCCAAUACUGCGAUGGCCUCCGAGGACCAAUGGUCGUAUAUGACCCACAAGACCCCCAUUUGGACAAAUAUGAUGUUGACGAUGAGUCGACAAUCAUUACGCUCUCUGACUGGUAUCACACUCCUUCUCCUUCGGCUGGAACCCUCCCGAAAUCAGACGCGACAUUGAUUAAUGGGGUUGGAAGAUAUACCGGCGGACCUGCUGUGCCUCUUACAGUCAUCACAGUAGAACAAAAUAAGCGCUAUCGCUUCCGUUUAGUGUCUAUGUCGUGCGAUCCAAACUUCACAUUCAAUAUUGAUGGCCAUAACAUGACUAUUAUUGAAGUUGACGGUGUCAACGUCAAGCCUCUCGUUGUGGACUCUAUUCAAAUAUUUGCAGGACAGCGCUAUUCCUUUGUGUUGAAUGCCACUCAAGCACAGGGGGGAAACUAUUGGAUUCGUGCCAAACCGAAUCUCGCAAAUAGCAUCGGGUUUGAUGGAGGGCUCAACUCGGCCAUCCUGCGAUACUCAGGAUCUCCUGAAGUUGAGCCUACCACCGCUCUCUCCCUUAGCAAUCCCCUAGUAGAGACUAACCUCCACCCGCUUGACGGCCCUGGCGUGCCAGGGGUUGCUCAACAAGGGGCAGCAGAUGUCAACCUAAAUCUUGCCAUCACAUUCAACGGUAAAGCCUUUGCCGUGAAUGGUGCGACCUUCCAGCCACCUACUCUCCCCGUUCUGCUUCAAAUCCUGAGCAAGCAAUUCACGCCUCAGCAACUCCUUCCAUCUGGAAGUGUUUACCCACUACCAGCCAACAGCGUCGUUGAGCUCUCCUUACCGGGUGGCGCAGCAGGAAGCCCGCACCCGUUCCAUCUUCAUGGACACAAUUUCCAUGUCAUUCGAAGCGCUGGAAGCACACAGUACAACUACGUUGACCCUGUCAUACGUGAUGUGGUUAAUAUUGGGAGCGCAGGCGAUAAUGUUACCAUUCGCUUUGCCACGGACAAUGCUGGUCCAUGGAUUCUACACUGCCACAUCGAUUGGCACCUCCAGCUCGGUCUUGCUGUUGUUUUUGCCGAGGACAUCUCAACUAUUGAAAAUAGCCAACAUCCUCCGGCCUAUGAUGACCUAUGUCCAACCUAUAAUGCUCUACCUCCUCAGACGUUUAAUUAA